AUGGCCGGGAGACCAAUCCAAUCUCUCACUCCAGGCCAUCCAUAACGUUUUCCCAACGAUGCCUCAACCUUGCCGGAAACAGCCUCUCCGCCUAAGCGUUAAGCGGCAGACCGCUCUCAAGCGCCACGCCGGCCAAUUUUUGGACUCGAUUCUUGCUUGUUACAGCUCCACCAAGCCUAAGGCGUAUCCUGCGGUGCCCGAUGAUGCCACUGCGGCUUCUACGGUUGUCGAGGAUGCUGGGUUUGCGGCGGAGACUCUAACACCAUCCGUGUGCCAUGAUCAUGGCCUGGACAAAGAUUUGGUGUCUUUGAAAAUUAGCCUGUUGGGUGAUAGCCAAAUUGGAAAGACAAGUUUUCUGGUUAAAUAUGUUGGGAAUGAAUUGGAUGAAGGAAGGAGUGAGCAGACAGGAUUGAAUUUGAUGGACAAAACACUUUUGGUUAGAGGAGCAAGAAUUUCUUAUAGCAUUUGGGAAGUGGGAGGUGAUAAGAAAUCUCAAGAUUACAUUCCAACGGCGUGUAAGGACUCUGUGGCAAUUCUUUUUAUGUUUGAUCUAACAAGUAGGCGUACUCUAACCGGCAUUGUAAAGUGGUAUAGACAAGCUCGAAAGUAUAAUCAGAGAGCGAUUCCAGUGUUGGUAGGAACAAAGUUUGAUGAUUUCAUCCAACUCCCCAUUGAUUUGCAAUGGGCAAUUGCAAACGAGGCACGAGCUUACGCCAAGGCACUGAAUGCUACAUUGUUCUUCUCCAGUUCAACUUACAACAUCAAUGUCAAUAAGAUCUUUAAGUUCAUCACAGCAAAGCUCUUCGACCUGCCAUGGACGGUCGAGCGCAACUUAACAGUCGGAGAGCCUAUAAUUGAUUUCUAGAGUCCGUCCACUCUACAUAGCCAAUCUGGUUCUCAAGAAACUCACCAAACCAUCCUGCACAAGGAUAAACUGUCAACAUUGCUUGAACAACCGUGUCCGGUGUAGCGGAGAAAGGCAGUGGCGUC